AUGAAGCCACGGUAUGAAGAACAAAGCUCGCAGGUGUUGUCUCCUCAUCCAUCACACGAUGAUACUGCCAAGCACCCUCAACACAUAGAGAAUGAUGAUACCACAGCACUUCACUUUGAAGAUGUGGAAACGUUCGACCAACCAUCUCUCGAUACCUCAGCAAUCGACACUCCAGUCAAACGAUGGAUUGUGUCAGACCGAUCGGCUAGUUUACUGUAUAGUCACUGGAGCGACCUCAUCCCAACUCUCAUCGAUCCUCUACUUCUCUACUUAGGGCGAACGCAGGGAAAACCACUGGAAACCACUCAUUCAGUCAUAUCUGCAUGUACUGGGACACUACCAUGUACACCAAAACGAGCAACUUUGAUGUGUUUGUUUUUUGACCGAUACGCGUCUAUAGAUGUGCUAAGCUGUACAUGCUCCACUCUCCCGCAGGUACUUCUCCACCAUGGUCUAUUCCCAACUGCACCUUCACAGCCUCGAAUGGCUGUAUCUGUUGAUUUACUUUCAUUCUACCGUGCACUGUUUGAACGCUCAUGCGACGCGAUUAACGCUCUCGCAUCAGCGCUGAAAAAUCAUUACUCUCGUCGGGGCUUCCAGGGUCAACUUAUUCAAGACCCAUUUCGUCGGGGUCUCGGUUAUGCUGUUCAGUGGUUCGACAUCCUGCAAAUUCAAGUCGAACGACAACUUGAGAUGCUUCUCCAACAAAGUCGCGAUCACAUAACGAAAUUCCAGGCCUCCUUGCACGGCACCAAUUUCCCUCCACCAGGUCGAUGCGCGCCACUUCUGGUCCAACGAUGUCCCGCCUGCUUUGGGGGCGUACUGCAUGGCAGGCCCACAGAUGAAGGAGGCGAUGUACACGUUGCAACAGACGGGAAUUUCCACCACCGUCAUCGCCGCGCUGCUGGUGAUUGUCCUCCAUUCUAUGACCCUACCUACUUUAUCCCGAAAAACUUUGUUGAUGAAAUUGGUCGCCAUAUAGACACCCAACGUAAGCACCCCCCAAAGGCACAUACCCCCAUUGUCCCUGACGAAGCUGUCGACCAAUGCGAGACUGCUUACGAGGCUGCUGACGGCAAAAAACAGAAAACUGCAAUGGAUAAUUUUGAUGACACCGGGAUCAUGGCGCUGAUCUGUCGUCAUGACAUCCCGCUUUUCUUUGCUAACAUUGAUUCGCCUGGAGAACAACAAAAAUAUUCUGUAGCCCUUCUUCAGCAUUUGUUUUCACUUCUCCCACCGGAGGCUACCGUUGUUGCCCUGUAUGAUGUUGGGUGUGUUCUGGCCAGAUCACUCGCAAAGUAUAAUAUUCUUCCUGAGACCAUAACCAAACGACUUCGUCUCGCAACCACAGCAAUGCAUGCGUAUGGCCAUGAGUGGGCUUGCCAGCUCAUCUAUAAUCCGCGAAUGUGCCUUGGCCUUGGGUUGUCCGAUGGGGAAGGGACCGAACGACUUUGGUCACGCUUUGUCCGGCUGAUCGGUGUUGAGAGGACUUCUUCUCGCCAGCGCCGCCUGUGGCUUAUUGAUCGACAAGCAGCAGCCAUAGGAUCCGAGAUGCAAACAGAUCUCGGUGACUGGAUUAAGCACCGCCUUAGACGAGGAAUCAAAGAGCAAGGUUCAGCAGCGCAAGCUAUGCUAGAACGAUGUGGAAUUCCCAUCGCUGAAUUGAAAGCCAUGUUGGAGAAAGAAUUUGCCUCUGACGACACAUUAGAGGCGCUGGAGAGCCUCGAGAGGGGACAUGACCGACUGAUGGAUAAAGUCGAGGCCCUUUACUCAUCACUCAAUGUUCAUGAGAGGUUCCCCGAGCUUCAUGAUGUCAAUCUUGAGUUUGUCCGCACUCUUCUAAUGGCACGUGAUCUCAAGAUGAACGUUCGUAAGCGCGCCAUUGCUAGUUUCUUCGAGUGGGACAAGCUUGACCGAGCAGUUGGUGGCGCACAGCAGGCUUUAGGGACUAAAUUACAUCAACACACACGUAAAGCUAUAGCUAAGCGUCAACCUGCCCUCAUGACUGCUAUCCGAAAAUUUAAUUCCUACUGUGAACGACUGGAGUCAUUGUACGACCCCACUUGGGGGAUUUUACUUCCUGCCCCACUUCCCACAAAACUGACCGAACUACGCUCCGAUCCAAGAUUGAUGGAAGACGUAUGGAUCACACCAUCAGUCGGAGAGGUUCCCCGAUGGUUGGAGGACUCAGACGUGAGAGAUGGUAUCCGUGCGCUACUAAAGCAGGAAUGCUGUCAAGAGGAGCAGAUCCGCCUUGGCAUUGAGGCCGAGAAUCUUUGUCGCUUCUUCGGAGAUGAACUUGCAGCACUUGAACUUGCAGUUCGGUUGCUGGAAAGUAAGUUAAUUUAA